AAGCUACGCAAACGAAGAAGAGGAGAGCGCACGAGGUUUUGUGGCUGAAAGCCACAUCUAAACAGGUGAAGCAGACAUUUCAACACAGCAUCUUAGCUGCAUACGGACCUGGAGCCCUCACAUCUUGACUAUUCAUUUCAGUCACUGAGCCUACGGGGCCCAAGACAGGAGGUCAUGCCGCGCGGGAGAAAGCGGCCUGAGGAACACCAGGACAUGCUCGUGCGACCAGUCACAAAACGGCCUCGUUCCAGCCCCUACUUACAGUGGAGCGGUCGCGGCCGGCCGUCCGGCUUCACGGAGAAGCUGUGCCUCGAGUGGUUCCGGGAGUACACAACCGCUGACGAGCCGGACCUGCUGGGGCCCGAGGGCAUGGAGCGCUUCUGCGAGGACAUCGGCGUCGAGCCCGAGAACGUCGUCAUGCUGGUGAUCGCCUGGCGGAUGGACGCCAAGAACAUGGGCUUCUUCACCGUCCAGGAGUGGCUGCACGGUCUUUCUCAGCUGCAGGCCGACAGCGUGGAUAAGCUGCGCUGUCGGAUCGACUGUCUGCGCGCCCUGCUGGAGCAUCCGGACACAUUCAAGUCCAUAUACCGGUUCGCGUUCGACUUCGCUCGGGACAAGGACCAGCGCAGUCUGGAUAUAGAGAUCGGCCGGGCCCUGCUGCAGCUGCUGCUGGGCAAGAACUGGCCCAUUUACGGCUCCUUCCACAAGUACCUGGAGCGGUGCAAGUACCGCGUUGUCAACAAGGACCAGUGGAACAACAUUCUCGAGUUCUCGCGCACCAUCGCUCCCGACAUGGCCAACUAUGACGAGAACGGCGCUUGGCCCGUCAUGCUGGACGAGUUCGUCGAGUGGUUCCGGCAGGAGCACGGCCUGACGGCCCAGCCGACCGACGCCACCAUGGAAGCGGUGUGAUGGGCGGCCAGGCCGACCCAGGCCGGAGCGAACGGGCCCCGGCCGCCCGGCAGGGCGCGCUCGUGCCGCGCGCCGGCCGGCCGUGCCCCGCUCAUUUUGGCCAAUGCGACGCUUUAGCGCUAUUGUCUCGGCAGGUCGGAGUCCAGUAUUUUCGGAGAGAGACGCGGCCGUAGCGGCAGCCCAGAGGACGUGCUGGCCGCCGCUGGCCGUGCUCGGUUAGUCGCCAUUGCGUGUUUCCCCGCACCCGGCUGUGAACGGUGGAACGGCUGGUGUUUGUGACCUUCGUAGGUCGCCCGUGUCGAUAAGCGCUGUCCAGGUCUUGGCUCAAAUCGCCCCCGUGCAGUCUCGUGAGGUUUUUCUGCUCGAUAGCAAGUGAAUUUGCGUUGUUCGAGUGAAGUAAAAUGUGAAUGCUCCCUUUAAUGGAUGGACCAAGGUGUGCGUGGGGGCGAGCCCUCGGGGGGGGGGGGGGGCAACGUUUACACCUCAUGCUGGGUCUGUUUGUUUCUAGGCUCGUUUCCUGCGCCCGUCUCAUGCCAGGAGCUUCCCUUGUAGAAUGGGGCGCACGGAGCGUACGUUCUUGCUCAAUUCCGUUCGGCUAAGUCUUUGAUUCGUGACUCUCCACCUCGUGUGAUGAUUUCAUGUCGAAGCCUGAUGUUAUGUGCAUGUGAUUACAGGGGGGCUGUAUCAGCCUCCGUCUCUUGUGUCACAUCGCCGCGAUGUUUACGUUUGCGACCACCGGCGUGGUGCUGCCGUCGAC